AUGGAUACGGUAAGCAACUAUAGGGUUUUAGAGCAUAAAGCUGCCGGUCACGACGGCACUCUAACUGACGAUGAUGGGUUGCUAAUUUUUAAACCGGCCUUGCCACAGGAACUGGAAUUUUAUAAAGCUAUACAAGUGAGAGAUAUGAGUCGAAGAGAGUCUUCGAGUGGUGGAGAUGCCCCCCUGUACUCUUGGAUGCCGACGUAUCUUGGAGUCUUGGAUGAAGGGACAAAAGUCGAGAAAAGUGGCGAUGCUGCGCUUCUGAAGAUAGAUCAACGGUUAAGUGAUUCCACUGAUAGCCUUGAUUCAAGACCUAUGUGGUCUGAAAAGUGCAAGCAGUACCUCGUAUUAGAAAAUUUAUUAUAUGGAUUUAGUAAACCUAAUAUACUUGAUAUAAAACUAGGCAAAACAUUGUAUGAUUCAAAGGCAUCAUUGGAGAAAAGAGAGAGGUUGGAAAGAGUCAGUGAGACAACGACUUCAGGAUCUUUGAGUUUCAGAAUAUGCGGUAUGAAAAUACAGAAGAAUCCCUUUGUGUUGAAGCAGCUUUUGCCCGAAUAUUACGAGGAAGAAGCAGACACCGAUUAUAUUUUUAUAAAUAAGCUUUAUGGUCGUUCAAGAACCGAUCAAACCAUUUCAGACGCGAUUGAGCUUUACUUCAACAAUAUGCAUUUAUCGGAUGCGAGAAAGCAUCAAUUGAAGAAAACAUUCUUAAAAAGAUUGCAGCUGUUUUAUAACACUAUGUUGGAAGAAGAGGUUAGAAUGAUAUCAAGUAGUCUUUUGUUUAUUUACGAAGGAGACGCGAAGCGAUGGGAGUUAUCAAAUGACGUCGACAAACUUAUGCGUGAUGACUUUAUAAACGAUGAUGACGAUGUUGACGGUGAUGAUGACGAUGAUGAUGAUGCCAAGGGGAGCAGCGGCGAACCAAAGGAUAAAACAACGGGUUCUUUGAGCUCGAUGUCACUGAUAGAUUUUGCACAUUCUGAAAUAACCCCGGGAAAGGGUUAUGAUGAAAACGUCAUAGAGGGAGUUGAAAACUUGCUGGAUAUUUUUAUGAGAUUUUAG